UAUAUAUAUAUAUAUAUAUAUAUAUAUAUAAAUUUGAUUGCGCAGCUGAGCUGUUAUGUCAACUAUAAAAUUAGGAGGUGCUGUGCAUUAUGUACUUAACUAUGCCUGUGUGUAUUUAAAGAAACUGAGAAAUCAGAUAAUGAGUUGUAAAUUAUUUUAUUUUCUGUAUGGUCUUUAUUUCCUUGCUUUUCUCUAACAGCACCUGAGAAGUCUAUAUAUGAAUGUUCUAGUUUGUUAUUGUUUUGAAAAAAAAUGGGGAUGUAAAGGUUUGUUUAAAUGUUAUUUUAUUAAGGAAUUUAAAUUGCAUUAAAAUUGUAAAAGAUGAUUUUGUGUUUCAAGUUGUUUAAUUCCACCAGAGAGAGCUGUUGUCUGUCUGUCUGUCUGUCUGUCUGUCUCUCUCUCUUUCGUUCGUUCGUGCUCACGUGCGUUCUCGCUCUUUCUCUCUCUUUCUCUCUCUCUCUCUCUCUCUCUCUCUCUCUCUGGUAUGAUGACAGUUCUGAGGUGCCACUCUGAGCGCUUAGUGUGUGGUUGUGUUUUCAUAUUGUCACCCAUCUUGGUGAGCUUAUUAAACCCCUCUACUCUUCUGCUGGUAAGUACUGAAAAGUAAGAAAUCUGAAAAUGUACAAGUGAAAAGUUACUGAAAUUCUUUCAGUAAAAACAUUUUCUAAUGAAUAGUAGCUAAGAUGUGUAUUAUGACUAUGGUUACGUUUCCACUGAAUGCCAGCGCAAUAUUUGGAUGAAAUUUUUCCAUUUCGCUUCUUGGUGCAGUUGUUGUGAUGUGGGCUGUUCCUCUCAUCUUGUCAGUGAUGUCUUUAGUGCUGUAUGUAGGAUCCUCAUUCUCUUCUUGCACUACCAGUGUGAGGGUUCAGGAUUUACGCUGCUACAUGAACUGGAGCUGUUCUGAUGUCACCUCCACCAAUGCGACCUUCACUGUCCAGUCAAAGAGACAAGGGGAAGAGUGGGAGAAUGUCUCUCACUGUCUACAGAUCACCUCCGAUAGUUGUGAUCUGUCUGAGGUCUUCGAUGACUUUUAUCUCUACAACUUCGUCAGGCUGGGACUGAACCAGGGACAUGGAAAAAUUAAUUGGACUUUACCACAGCUUUGUGACCCGGUCAAAGGCCCGAAUAUGAGUUUUAGCGCCCCCUCGCUGUCCCUCUCUCUGAAGGAGCAACAGCUCUGGGUGGAGGUGAUCUUUCAAUGUGCUCCGAAUGCUGUCUGUCAGACUUUGAUGGAGGGUUAUGACGAGCAUACUCCAAUCUGCUGUGCCCUCGGUUUAUUCCUGACGCUGAACGCCACAGUGACUCUUUAUAAUAAACAUGAUAUGAAUGAUAUUCAGACUCGCACUGAGAUUGUGGAAGAUAGUCGGUGGAAGGUGCCGUUUGUUGUGCUUGCUUCUGGUCAGGAGUACUGUGCUGUGGCCCAGCUUGGCUCCUCUCCUGUCUCUAACCCACAGUGCAUCUACGUCCCACUGCUGGUAACAUUUCUCCUGGCCCCGUGUGGUGUCUUCAUUGCUCUUCUUCUCGUGGUGGGGUUUGUGCUGAGGAGAUGGGGGUGCUGGUGUGUUUCGACAGACCUCAGACUCCCUAAAGUUCUGAUGUCUCUUCAGAGUCAGGAUCAGGAGGGUUCUGUUGUGGAUGAACCCAGUCAGCCCACUCCUGAAGAAGAGGAGUCUAUUGUCCAUCUCUCAUUCAUCUCCCUUAACAGCAUGCUUCCUUUUGACUCUGAAUCAGUUUAUCCACAUUUGCAGAGUCCUGGGGUCAGCUAUUACACCACAGCCCUUCUGCAGGGCCGGUUUUGUGAUGGAAAUGAGGACAUAGAUUACCUCUCCAGCGAUGUCGAAACAGAUUGUGCUUUUCCAGAUUAUUAUCCAUGGCCACGUUGGUCAUCACUUCCUGCUCUCAGAACAGGGAUGGUGUGUUUGUUGGGGAACUUUCUUCCUUCAGAGGGCAUAGGGAUUCCUUUAAGCUCGGUCAGAGUAGCUGGAGCACAGAUAGCCUAGAUGGAGUCAGAUCUUUCUAUCAAAGUACUUCCAAUCCUGUAUAAUGAUGGGAAUUAAUCUUCAAUUAAUUCAAGCGGUUUCUCAGCCCAGCCAUUUAUUUCCUGAUGUAUAUGGAAAGGUGACGAUGUAUAUGGAAAGGUGACUGCCAAGAUACAUGUUUUCCAAGAUCCAUCAAGUCUAACAACCCUAUUCUGUAUACAUGAGCUAAUAUGCUCGUGAUCGGCUAGUGUUGCUCAGAUUGCUAUGCUUCCAGCAGCAGGGCACAGCAUGAUCUCGCAGUUAGCUAUGAAUAAAAACUUUGUAUUCUGAUUUUUUUUUUUUUUUUUUGGUAAAAACUGUCAAAACAAUUCCUCAGGAAUUUCAAAUGGUCCACAAUUUUGCUCUUUCCCAGCACGCAAAGCACCAUAACCAAGCAAUGACUACAACUUGUGUAAAAAUUUUUUUAAAAAAGUGUGUAAAAAUGAGCAAAAUAUGGACAGUUAUGGGUGUUACUGUCCGUGUGUGCAGAACAGGUUAGUUCCUGUCAUCUCUGCAACAACCUCUCUCUUUUGAAGUUAAUAAGACAAAAAUGAAGCUCAUCAUUUUACCCAGAAACCGGAAAGCGGUCCAUAUUAAUGCCAUCUGUGUUUAAGUUCAGCUACUACAAACUUACAGUACAUAUGGAAUCAUUUUGUCACCUCAGUACUAUACUGUAUUUUAUGUAUGAAUAAAUCAGAAGGUAAGGCCAUCAAUCUGUUGAUGAUCUUAACCCAAUCCAAAAUUGGUGCUGAUUUUGGGAUACACCCAUGCAGCAGUGUGACGCAUUUCAGUAGGCAGUCAUAAAUCCUCAACUAUUGGUUCUACCCCCUGUGGACUCUUUUCUGCACAUAUGAGGGGGGUGGUGAUGUGGCGGUGAUGGUGACGGAGGGGUACAGACACUCGGCCUGCAAAACUCCCCCCACACUGCCCCCCAGCACUGACUCAUUGUUGCCUGCCCUGGCUUAGUUUUCAUGGUCAAUAACUCACUAUUCACUGCUUUACCGUGAAUUUUAUGCUGAUGGUGGUAUUUUUAAAGAAGUAUUGCAAACCACAAUUAGGCCCUAAGGAGCAGUGCGGACAUUUGGGUAAGUCCUGUUACUGUGUACAGCUUUAAUUGUAAUGACUUUCACCCUUCUUGAGUUUAAGCUGCUGUCUGUUUGAUUUAUGCCAAGUAGACCAGUGGAGCUAUUUCACUGUGCUGUAGUUUGACGACAGUAGGGUUUUUUUUGUAUGUGUGUGCGCCAUGUAUGAUUUUGAUGAAGCCUGUAGUGAAUUAUUCCUUCAUUAAUGUAUAAAAUCAUAAAUAAAGAUACCAGGUUUCAUUGUUGCAGUUUUAAAUGUCAGGUUGACCAAGGUGAAAAGCAGGAGUGUUACAGAGGAAAUAUAUACGUGCUGCUCUAAUAAAGCCACAACCCACAAACCUGAAAAAAACACGUUGAAAAACAAGAGCAAGCAAGUAAGAACUAGACAGAUGGCAAAAGGGUGAACACGAGUGAGAAAACCCCUGAACUGAGGUUUUGUACUCAUGCUAUAUUUGCAUUGAUGAGCACCUUCAACAUUAUGAUUCAGUUUUCUAUAAUACGUAAAAAACAUGGAUUGCACAUUUCAUAUUUUUUAACAAAUGUAAGCCACUUCUGUUUAGCAUCUGUUAAUAUUUCUCUGCAUUUGUGCCGUGUUUUUACAUUAUAAUAUUAAAUAAUAAAUGUAUAAUAAACAGUUAAUCAAAUCAAGAAUGCUGAAUACCUGAUACAGGUGUGAAGAAAAUCAUGGACUGUUGGAGGUUCAUUAUUUUAUAUAAUUUUUUUUUUUAAGUAUAUUUUCCCACCUUUAAAAAUAUGUACAUGCUUCUGAAUAUUGUUUUUGCCAGUACACUGACUCACACUGCUUCAGUGCCAGUUCAAAGAGACCGGCAGAGCAGAAAAAACCUGUUGCAGGAGAUAUUCUCGUAAGAAGAUACGCUCAUCAGAAACUGCUCUGUAACUUAUGAGGUCAAUAUCUUUAUUAUAAUAAAUCAUUUUUUAAAGUACAGCAAUAGCUCCAAUGAUUUUGUGAAUGUUACACCACAGUCUUGUUAAAUUUUCUGUAACAGCAGCUCUGAUAGUAGUUCCAUCUGUGUUUGAAAUCACAGAUUUAUAUUAAUGCUCUUGUUAUGGUGCAUUAUGGUUUAUUUAGAGGAGAGAGAAAAAGACAGGCUGGUGAGGGAACGACUGUUUUAUAGCUGCUAUAAUGUAUGUGAAUCAAGAAUUACGUACCACAACAUUAACUACAAAUGUUUAUUAAACAUCAUUGGCAAAUUGCUGUAGUAUAAGAGGACUGAAACAGUUCAGGACAUGCUGUUACAGGUAAAUAAUCAACUUCAGGGGGGUAACAUAAUACUAACGCUGCUUCUCCCCACCCGGUCACUGAUUAUGUUCGUAUAACAGUACGUUAUAACACCAAUAGUGUUUUACUUCCUAAUAUAAGUACAUAACUCUCAAGAUGAUGCUGUGCACAUACACACUUGGCAUCCUUCUGUCUCUCCUGUCUUCCACUUUCAUUUGUUCGAUCCUGCUUUAAUUACUGUGGCAAGAUCUAUCCAGCUGCAAGUUUCAGG